GCGCGGGGCCCGGCCUCUGGGGCCAGCUGGCGGCGGCGGCCUAGGGAGGCUCAGCGGCUGGCGGGCAGAGUCCCAUGCUUUCUUGGUUUGUUAAAAGUGCGCUUAAAGAAGAUUCAGAAAAGAUAAGAGAAAGGCAGUUGCAGGUCCACCAAAGUCGGGUUCACUGAUGCUGAAGUACUAUGAGUUUUCAGAACUUCUGGAAAGACUAUAAAGUUCUAAUUGUCAUGGUACCUUUAGUUGGGCUCAUACAUAUGGGAUGGCACAGAAUCAAGAGCAGCCCUGUUUUCCAAAUGCCUAAUAAGGACAAUGUUUCUGAGCCAGAAAAUCCGGAACUUGGAUGUCCUCCGAAGAAUCACAUCCAAGGGAAAUAACAGGCUUGGAAUCUUCAGGAGUUUGGAGGCCUACUAUAGCCAAACUUUGGGGUUUGUUUUCUCCUUCUGUGAAAAGAAAUACAAGGAAUAUUAUUGAGGUAUUCCUAGAGGAAAAGUGAAGUUGAGAAAAGAAAACAUCCCCUCUAAAACAUUAAGAAAGAAGCAUCUUUGAAUCUGAGCUUGAUAUUGAAAGAAGAGAUGAAAAACACCAGCUGGAUUAGAAAGAACUGGCUUCUUGUAGCUGGGGUGUCUUUCAUAGGUGUCCAUCUUGGAACAUACUUUAUACAGAGGGCUGCAAAAGAAUCUGUAAAAUCUCAAUCUAGAGGCAAACAACAGAGUAUUGGAGAAUGAAGUAAAAAAUAAAUAUUUGGAAUUACUAAUAUGUCAUUAAGUCAUUACAUGCUAAUUAGCUUCAUAAAUCUGGAGCUAUUUAGUUUUAUAGCCACAUUGUUACAUGUUCAAGACUUCCAUUCCUGAAGAUUAAUUUUUUUUUCUAAAUGUCAAGACCCCUGACAAUGCAGUAAAUAGAAAAAACAUGGUUAACAAAAUAAAAGCCAUCUUCACCAAUUACCACCUGAAGUAAGAUGUCUCGUUUAGAAGCUAAAAAGCCGUCGUUGUGUAAAAGUGAGCCACUGACAAGUGAGAGAGUCAGGGCCACACUUUGUGUCUUGAAAGGAAUCCUGACAUCAAGCUAUGGCCCUUCGGGUAGGCUGAAGCAAGUGCAUAGCGGCUUCGGAGGCUGUGUGUGUACAACCUCACAGUCGUCGGCCCUACUCUCUAACCUUCCCGUCACCCAUCCCAUCUUAAAGAUCCUGACAACAUCCAUGCAGAAUCACGUGUCAUGCUUCAGGGACUGUGGCUUAUUCACAGCCAUUCUUUGCUGCAAUCUGAUUGAAAAUGUUCAGAGAACAGGCUUGACACCCACCACUGUUACUAAAUUAAAUCAGCAUCUCUUGAGCCUCUGCACCAGUUACCUCAAGUCCGAGUCCUGUGGUUGUCGAAUUCUAGUUGACUUUAGUAGUCCUCAGACCCUCCUUUGUUUGGUGCGCAGUAUCGUUACAAGUAAACCUGCCUGUAUGCUCACCAGAGAGGAAAGAGACCAUCUCAGUGCUUUGAUUCUGAGAGCCUUUUUGCUUACAAUUCCAGAAAACACCAAAGACCGCCUCAUUUUAGGAAACAGUAUAAUUGUGCCUUUAAAAGGUCAGAGGGUUUUAGAUUCUAGUGUAUUACCCGGAAUUCUUAUUGAAAUGUCAGAAAUUCAGUUGAUGAAGAUCUUACCUAUCAAAAAAUCCGAAGCCUUCAAGGUGGCACUCUUUUGUGCUUCUUUAUCAGGAGAUCUCUCUGAUACUGGAGAAGGAACUAUGGUGGUCACUUACGGGGUUUCUCUUGAAAAUGCAGUCCUGGAGCAGUUGCUCAGCUUAGGGAGGCAGCUUGUCAGUGAUCACGUAGAUCUUGUUGUGUGUCAGAAAGUUAUACACCCGUCUUUGAAACAGUUUCUCAGUAUGCAUCGUGUCAUUGCCAUAGACCGAGUUGGAGUAGCUCUGAUGGAACCCCUGAGUAAAGUGACAGGAACACAGCCUAUUGGUUCCAUAGGCUCAAUCUCUCCUAGUAGUUAUGGAAGUGUGAAAGAUUUGUGCCCUGCAAAAUUUGGCUUCAAACAUUUUCUUCAUCUUAUUCCUUAUGAAGCAACUAUCUGCAGCUUGCUUCUCUGCAACAGAAAUGAUACUGCCUGGGAUGAGCUGAAGCUCACAUGUCAAACUGCACUGCAUGUUUUGCAAUUAACCAUCAAGGAACCAUGUGUUUUGUUGGGAGGCGGCUGUACUGAAACUCAUUUGGCAGCAUAUAUCAGACACAAGACUUGUAAUGAACCAGAAAGCAUUCUCAAAGAUGAUGGAUGUACUCAAACAGAACUUCAACUAAGCACCGAAGCAUUCUGCAGUGCCUUAGAAUCUGUCGCUGGCUCUUUAGAACACGAUGGAGGUGAAGUUCUUACCGACAUGAAGUAUGGACACUUUUGGUCUGCUCACGCAGAGGCUCCCUCUAUUGUUAACUGGCCAGAUUUGCUCUCAAGAUGUGGCUGUGGACUCUAUAAUAGCCAGGAGGAACUCCACUGGUCUUUCUUAAAAAGUACUCGGCAUCCCUUUGUACCACAAACCUACCUUCCACAUGAAGCUACAGGCUCAGCCGACAACCUGACCUUGGACUGUUUUACUGCUAAGCUUAGUGGCCUGCAGGUGGCUGUGGAGACUGCCAAUUUGAUUUUGGACCUUUCAUAUGUCAUUGAAGAUAAAAAUUGAUAGGAUAGCAUGUUUAUAUUUUUUAAAAACCUAGUCAGGUGUCAGUUAAGAAAAAUGUUGAAUGUAUUUUUUUUCUCUCCCAAAGGCCUGCUAUGCAUAUUUGGAUAGAUUAUUCAUAAAAUUAUAGAGAUACUUAGAUAAGGGGGAAAAGUAUGAUUCUUAAAUAGAAAUACCAUAGCAUAUUAAAAAUAUGAAGCAUUGUUAUUAAAGAUAGUACAGUUAUCUUAGGGCUUCCACAGAUGCCUCUGUAUGUCCUAAGUUUUUGUUAUUUUUACAUAAUUCAAGAGUACAGAAAUAAAAAAACUUCCUAAUCUA